AGUCAUUCAUUUCUCUUGUUUUUUCAGAUCUGUUUCUAUCUGACAUGAUUACCCACGAGAUAGGUUCCCGGCUGCUGUCAUGAAGCGCUGAUUCAUCCUUCUUCGACUUUUGUCGCCUAUCUGUAUUAUCACUCGAAUUUCGCUUCAUCACAUCAACUCACCUUCGCCUGGCCCUGCUUCUACCUUUGUAUUCAAUCUGUACUCUGCCCUCCCUUUUUCUCCUCAAUAGAUACUUCGUUGAGGACUACCCACAUGAUCCGUAUCGAGUCCUUGCACCAUCAACGUAACUGAAAGCAGCCCGCGUCGAGGUGCACUCUCGAGAAGUGCCGCUUCGAUCCAUCCAUUAAGUAAUGCACAAACCCUUCAACUCAUGCCCGUACACUGAGUCGAGAUGUCACCCCAAUACCGGCAGCCAUCUGUAGAAGCCUGCCCCGAGACGGCCAAUCUCAGCAGUCAAGAACAACCUGACCACAUAUUGAACCAGUCCGCUGGUGUCAUUGAACACCCUCCGUCCUCGGCGUCCACCGGUGACACCCAGGCUCAAGAUCCAGUCGCUGAACUCCAGACGUCGAAUGCCACACUCAUGGCUCAGGCGCCACGACGUCGGUCACGGACCGCCCCAGUAUGCAGGACAGCCUCUGUUCCGGCGGCCGGAGUCCCCGCUUCCUCUCGUGUCAGAUCCCCGGACCAUUCGCUCUCUUCGUCCAUGUCAGCAUCAAAUAAGCCUUCCCAAGACGCCAAACUACACGCUCCAGCUCCAAGACCCCCUUCUCCUUCCACGUCUACUCUUACAGCCUCCACAGCCAAGACGAGCGGCUCCGGGAGCUCCAGUGGCAGCGCCUCUACCGUCACCCAAAUACCGGCGAGCAAUCGCCGCAACAGUGACAGAGACCGAGAUACGUACAAGCAGAAGAUCCGUCCUCGCGACAAGCAAACUAGUCAUUCCCCCGAAAUCCAUCAGCGGCCCGAUGUCAUGAGCUUCCUCCAGCCUGGCUCACCACCUGGUACAAGGCAGCCAGUCCAACGAACACGGGGAGACAUGUCUUCGUGGCAGUUGGCGGAUUUACCAAGUCGUACUUCCCCAACCAGGAGCACCACUUCAUCUGGUGCGCCAAGCAUCCAUAGCGACGUUUUCUCAGAGCCAGGCCGUGGCCAUGAGACGGACGGGACCCUCAGCAGCCCGGACCGCAGCGUCAACGAGGAUUGGUCCAAGCCUAUGAUGCUGCCAGCGGGCGGGACUUCAACAGCCUCAAGUUAUCAUCAACGCCAUCAGCAUCCGUCCAUGUGGGAUGCCGGCCCAAUGAUGCCCCCGGCACAUUCUAACCAGGUCCACGAUGGCCCUCCCAACGGCAUGCAGUCACAACCACAGUAUCUACCUUCUUCAUUCGAUUUCAUGCAGCACGGGCGACCUGAGCACAUGCCCAUGAGUGGCUACGAGCUAUUAGCCACGAACCUGUCGUCAAAUAGCAUGGGUGGGCCUGUGAUCAAGCCUAUGUAUCGACGGUUCGAGUUUUUGAACCAUAGGCUCUUGCUGCACUUGCAGGAUGAGCUUGCUGAGCUCGAGGAGCAACUACGCCAUUUGGAUGCUGCCGAUACACAAUCUCGCCAAUAUCAUCAGGGCGUCCUCCCAGCAUCAAGGCGCCAGGAAUCUACCUCGUCAAAAGAUCUUCACUGGUGGAAGACGGACCUCCUCGGCAAGAUUGGGUUCAAACUCGAACUUUAUAGUAGGUCAAUCGCCAAGUUUAUUCAUUGGCGGUAUCUAACCGGAACAGAUAAGACCCUCGUCUCGUUCAAGGAAUCCCAAAACCUCAGCGCUCCUGCCCCUGCGGACAUCGACCGAUAUCGCGACUACCUCAACAAUCGCCAACCUGUAGUUGAACCGGAAGCCAGGUUUCUCGACCCGGAAGAUGACCUCGUGUCGCUCGCCAGGCCUCAUAGUACUUAUCAGGCGCCCGAGUUCUCGUCGGAUGACCUCCAAACUCCUAUGCCCCGGACUAUGGUCUUCCCGCCGACGCCAAACAGUCCGUUGUCUGACCUGGGCAGUUAUCGUUCCACCAAAGUCGCUUAUGCUCAUGAUGGAAGUCAUCGAACCCCAGCUUCCUCAAUGCCGCAGAUUCUUAUCGCUAUAUCUGCCGCGUUCCUGCUGCCUAUUUUAUGUUUUAUUGUGAUACCGGGCUACAUCGGACGCAUGGCUGUCGUCAUGAUUGUUGCUGGCGGCCUGUUGGCCGCUCUUCUACAGGCCGGUGUCCUGCGAAUGGGGGCCAACGGGCUUGUUGGAUUAGGUGGCACUCAGGAUUGUAUCCUAUGCAUAGGCGUCUAUGGAGCCGUCAUGGCUGUUGUUGCUGGGGUUCUCUGA